AGUCGGGAUUGAAGAGUAGAUGGCAAUAGCCAUCCCCCAAAGGUAAAAGGUAGCUAAAGAAAAAGUUCUUUUUCUAGACAGUACUGCGGUGAUGCUUAUGAUGAUGACUGCAAUUUCCGACACCCACAAUCCUCUCUCCUUCUCUCUCCUUCUCUCUCCUUCAACUCAAUUAACUCUUCUCCAUUUACUUUAUUCCCAUGCCCAAGAGCAAUUAUAGUAACUUGUUCAUUUUUUAACGUACAAAUCAGGUAAUACACCUUCUCUUCCUACCUCCUUCUCCAUGGCUGACAACAACUGCGGCUGUUGGGUUUUCUUGAAGCGCGGCGUUUGCAACUCCUCUUCUUCUACUCACUCCGCCAGCACUAUCCCUCGCACUAGUCUUGUCUAUGAUGCUGCUACAGAGACAAGAUGCCUAAAUGCUAGUCAUAGAGACCUCUGCCCACCAAAUGAAGCCCACCUUUCAUCCGAUAAUCCUGAUCCACCAACAUCAACCAACAAAUCUCGAUGCCAGCUUCUUCAAUUUACUUAUCAGGAGCUAAAAUCCGCAACGGGGAACUUUAGGCCUGACAGCAUACUUGGUGAAGGUGGUUUUGGGUAUGUCUUCAAAGGGUGGAUAGAGGAGAACGGGACAGCACCGGCCAAACCAGGUUCAGGGAUCACGGUUGCUGUCAAGAGUUUGAAACCAGAUGGUCUUCAAGGCCAUAGAGAAUGGGUGGUGGAGGUUGACUUCCUUGGACAACUUCAUCAUCCUAACCUUGUUAAACUUAUCGGUUACUGCAUCGAAGACGACCAGAGGUUGCUUGUAUACGAAUUUAUGACCCGAGGAAGUCUCGAAAACCAUCUUUUUAGAAGGACAAUACCUCUCCCAUGGUCAAAUAGGAUCAAGAUCACACUUGGGGCAGCAAAAGGAUUGGCCUUUCUCCAUGGUGGUCCAGAGCCAGUCAUUUAUAGAGAUUUUAAAACAUCCAACAUUUUACUCGAUUCGGAAUAUAAUGCUAAGCUUUCAGAUUUUGGUCUAGCAAAAGCUGGUCCUCAAGGUGACAAAACACAUGUUUCUACUAGAGUUGUUGGAACCUAUGGCUAUGCUGCACCAGAGUAUGUUAUGACAGGACACUUGACAUCUAAGAGUGAUGUCUAUAGCUUCGGUGUUGUAUUACUCGAGAUUUUGACCGGCAGAAGAUCGAUGGACAAGAAGCGUCCUAGUGGGGAGCAGAAUCUCGUUGCUUGGGCUCGGCCGUAUUUAGCUGACAAGAGGAAGCUUUACCAAUUGGUGGAUCCCCGUUUGGAGCUGAAUUAUUCUCUUAAAGGGGUGCUUAAAGUUUCUCAAUUAGCUUACAACUGCCUCCAUAGGGACUCCAAAGCCCGUCCGACAAUGGACGAAGUAGUGAAGGUCCUCACUCCAUUGCAAGGCCUUAACGAUCUCGCCAUAUUAUCCCAUCACUCCCGUCUAUCUCAACAAGCGAGACGUAAAAAGAAACCGGAAGGACCUCAUCAACAACUCCCCAAUGCUCAAUCCAAAAGCACCAGAGACUCCCCCUUGAAUUCCGGCAAACACAGGCGUAGAUGAUCUGUAUUUUGGCAAGGACUUGAAAUCGAACUUGAUCGUGUGAAGAUAAUAUUUCAGGCCCGGAUGAGCUAAAGUAGUAAAGCGAUUUCUUCUAACCAUGAAUGUGGGAAGAUUAUCUUGCAAUUUCCCAGUAUUGUAAUCAGAUCAAACUCUAUGCUUUGCUUCAAAUCUAAAUCUCCUCUUUUUCUUUCAA